UUGGUUUUGUUGGGUGCAGACUGACGCUGAGAAGAUUUACAAUAUGCUCAAGUCCAACAGCAUGGACCAACAUUAUGGAUCACGACUAUUAAGAUGUGGCUUUUGUGGAGGAACUUCAACUUCUUUUAAGAUCCUUUCUCCCGAGCCUGAAAAUGGUAGGACUACAAGCUGCCUUGACAGUCCAGAUUUAAGGGAAAAGGAGUGUGGAGUUGCUCUGGUUUUCUUCAGGACACGUUAUGCUGCUUUGGUUGCUUCAGAGGGUCUUCAACAACCUAAUCCAAUGUCAUGGGUUACAGACUUGGCUCCAGAACCAAGUGAUAUAUAUUGGUCAAACCUAUAUGUACCGUAUCGAAUCUUUUGGAUCCGUAAGAUUGCCAUCCUAGUGGCCUUUAUUCUGUUUGUUACUUUCUUCCUUAUCCCUGUGGUGUUCACGCAAAGUCUUGUUCAUCUCGAUAAGGUGGAGAAAAUAUUUCCCUUCAUGAAGGACAUUACAGAGAGGAGGUUUAUGAAACAGCUGAUAACUGGAUAUCUGCCAAGCGUAAUACUCAUGAUCUUUUUGUCUAUUGUCCCGCCAAUUAUGAUGGUGUUUUCAACAUUGGAGGGCUCAAUAUCUCGUAGUGGCAGGAAAAGAAGUACAUGCAUUAAAGUCCUUUAUUUUGUAAUAUGGAAUGUAUUCUUUGCCAAUAUUUUAACGGAGGCUGCCAUUGACCAUUAUCAAGAUUCAAUUAUGAAAUUGGGAGAUCCGAAAACGAUACCUAACCAGCUUGCCAAAGCAGUUCCAUCAACGGCUACCUUCUUUGUGACUUAUGUCCUCACCUCAGGCUGGGCUAGCUUGUCCUGUGAACUGAUUCAGCCAUUUCCUCUUCUCUACAACUCAUUUUAUAGAUUUAUUCUUAGAAACAAGGAUGAUUCAAGUUAUGGCUCUUAUACCUUUCCAUACCACACAGAAGUUCCAAGAGUCCUCCUCUUUGGACUUCUGGGCUUCACUUGUUCAGUAUUGGCUCCUUUGAUAUUGCCCUUCUUGCUGGUUUACUUUUUCCUUGCCUAUUUGGUGUACCGUAAUCAGAUUCUUGAUGUAUAUGUCACAAAAUAUCAAAGUGGGGGGCUGUAUUGGCCAAUCAUACACAAUACAACAAUAUUUUCAUUGGUGCUGACACAAAUAAUAGCUUUGGGAGUUUUUGGAAUCAAACGGUCACCAAUUGCAUCGAGUUUCACCAUUCCACUGAUCAUAUGCACGCUCUUGUUCCAUGAGUAUUGCAGGCAACGAUUUCACCCAGUAUUUAAGAAGACGCCUGCAAAGACAAUCAUUGAUAUGGAUCGGGAAGAUGAGCAUUCUGGGAGGAUGGAAGAGAUUUAUCAGAAACUUCCAUCUGCUUAUUUCCAAAUCAACUCAGAAUCAAGGAGUUUGGGUAAAUCUUUGGAACUGAAUUGCCCCGAGAUUCAAGCUAAUAGCAGGGAAACUGGGAACAUCAGCAGGCUCGAAGAUCUAGAGACUCCAGGAAAAAUGUCUGCUCGACUACCUUAAUAAUCUGGGGUUGGACGCAGCCGUUGGAGAUAGAAUUGCACGUAAAGCAGAUUGAAUGAUUCGUAUAUGCAUAAUUUGUGCCUUUCUUGUCAAUUCAUAUGUGCGAUUGUCUUGAGUUUGGAAUCCGACAUGCACAUUUAUGAGGUUUGUAUAAAAAAGGACGCUCGCGGAGCCCUUUGUAAACUUUAUAGCAACAAGUUAGUAGCUGUGUGCCUGUGUAUGGAUAUUAAUGUUGUGUAUAUCCAAUUUUUGACUCGUGUACAGGAUGAAGAGAAGUGCAAGCAUCUGAAAUUUGGUUGUUGCAUAAACAUUGAUGUUAUGUAUGAAUGCCAAUUUACAUA